GGGAAAUUUAAAAUUCAAUUUUUAAAUAAUCGAUCAUGGAGGAGUUAGAACUAGCAAACGGACUCAAGUGUAGCUGCCUGAUAGAGUACGUUAGCGGCACUGGACAAGUUGUGAGGAAGCAGUCAUACAAGACAGCACGGCUGGACCUGGGAAGGAACGAAGUGGAAGAUGUUGUGCUAUUAGUGACACACCCUGGGGGCAAACUAGGCCCAUACACGCUCAGAGAACACUCCAUACACAAGCGCUUCGUGAAAGAUGGGAAGGCUACAAUCAGACUCAUCACACAGAAGAUGCAUCUACUCAUUUCCAACUGCCCAUCAGACCAACUGAGAUUGUUCAUACAUUGUAUGACAAUUAAAUUAGCGGCCAUGGGGAAAAGUCAAGGUUCUCACCGACGAAUGCUUGGCGACGUUUCCGUUCAGUUUGACGAAAUCAGCCCUCUAAACGAAAAGGAUUUGGAGCUAGCACGAAAAAAUACAGGCAGGGAGGCAAACUGCGUGACCCCCAGACAGAAAGCAACUUCAUCGAAGAUCAGUGGAAAAGAAAAUCUCACCACACCGCGACGAAUUGAUAAGUGCCCACAGAAAGGCAUCAAAAGAAAACUAUCAGAAAUGAACACAGCGAGAGAAGAGGAUCUGAAAUCGGCCCCCUCAAAACGACCUGUCAUGUUAAAACCCCUCGGGCUUCCAUUAUCAAAAGAGCAGACGCAAGUUUUACAAGCUGUACGGAACGGCGAAAGUGUUUUCUUCACGGGCAGUGCUGGAACUGGGAAGUCAUACCUGCUCAAGAAAAUCAUCAGCUCCAUGCCACCUGACUCCACCUUCUGUACGGCCAGUACUGGAGCAGCUGCCUCGUUAGUGGGAGGGUCCACACUUCACGCCUUUGCAGGUAUUGGUAUCGGAACUGGAUCCAUUGAACAGUGUUUGCGAUUGGCAUCGAGGGAAUUCCCCUCUUCCAACUGGAGGAGAUGUCAGUGUCUGAUAAUUGACGAGAUUUCGAUGAUUGAUGGAGACUUCUUUGACAAGCUGGAGGUGGUGGCUCGGACCCUGAGGAGAUCAAAGAAACCGUUUGGAGGGAUCCAAUUGGUCAUCUGUGGGGACUUCCUUCAACUGCCCCCUGUUGCUAAGGACGGAGAGGAGAAGAGCUUCUGUUUCCAGGCCAACAGUUGGAGCACUUGUAUCACGCGCUCUAUCGAGCUCACGGAAAUAUAUCGACAGAAUGACAAACAAUUUAUUGCCGUACUACAAAACAUUCGGAUUGGUCGCUGUCCACCGGCCGUUGCCGAGCUCCUCAGGUCUACGGCAACCAAUCAGAUUGAGCGCGGAGGUAUACGAGCAACGCAGCUGUACACGCACACAGAAGAUGUUGAGAGUAAAAAUGUUCGAGCUUUGGAAAGUUUAAGAGAAGAGUCGAAAACGUUCAGUGCAGUGGAUAGUGACCCUCAGCUGAGCAAAAUGGUAGACAACCUUUGCACUGCGGGUAGUCUAAUCGAACUCAAAGUGGGAGCACAGGUGAUGCUGACUAAGAACAUUGAUGUACUGCGUGGACUGGUGAAUGGGGCAAGGGGCGUGGUCAAGGAGUUUGAGGCAACUAAAGGCCACCCGGUGGUCCAGUUCACCUCUGGACCGCGCCUACCCGUGCCCCCAGAGAGGUGGAGUGUACGGACCAGUGGAGGUGUGGUGGUGACAAGGAGACAGCUGCCACUCAAACUAGCCUGGGCCAUCUCCAUUCACAAGAGCCAGGGGAUGACUCUGGACUGCGUUGAGAUGAGCCUCGGUCGAUGUUUUGAGGACGGGCAAGCAUACGUUGCACUCUCCAGAGCCAAGAGUCUGCAGUCGCUGAGGGUCAAGGACUUUGACCCCAAGUGUGUGCGUGCUAAGAAAGAUGUGUUGGACUUUUAUCGUGCCCUGAGGCAAAUGAGGAGAAACUAUAUAGAAAACAGCUGAUAGCUUUUCCAUUUGUAUAUAAUUUCUUUUGAAUUAAAUUAUUAUGUUCAUAUACAAAAACAAAAAAAAACAA